AUGUAUCAAAACAGACAACCGGCGUAUGCGCCUACACCUCAUAGUUAUAUACCGAACACAGCAUUAUCCGCAACCAUAAAUUUGGAUGAGGAAGUGAAGCUCGCCGAGUCUAGAGCAGAGCGCGACCUUCAAGACUCACUUGCAGAAGUGUUCAGUAUCAUAAUCACUUUAGAUCAACUCGAAAGAGCUUAUCUUAAGGAUGCGAUUCCAGAAUCAGAUUACACUGAGACUUGCGACCGAUUGUUGAAGCAAUACAAAGCUAUAUUAGCAGACGAAAGUGUAGCUAGGGAGUUUGUGGAUUUAGAGACCUUCAAGAAUGAAUGGGAUAUAGAUGUCCCAAGAGCCACGGAAAGACUCCGAAUUGGAUUACCUAGCACCGUUACUGCACCAUCACAUAACGCCUCCACUUCAAACAACAGCGGUACUAACGGAACGUUAAUUCUCGAAGCGACACAGGAUUUCAUAACAUUUUUGGAUGCACUGAAAUUGGGAUUAUUGGCGAAGGAUCAACUACAUCCGCUACUGUCAGAUGUCAUACAAAGUGUAAACAAGGUUACGGACAAAGACUUUGAGGGCAGGGGGAAGAUUGUUCAGUGGCUCAUUGCUUUGAAUCAAAUGAGAGCAACGGAGGAGGUCAGUGAGGACAAAGCGCGAGAAUUGGAAUUGGACAUGAAUUCGGCAUAUCAAGGAUUCAAGGCGACCUUAGCUUAG